AUGGUCUGCUGCGACGGGACCUGGCAGUCCUCCGCCCACGGCACCAACGCCGACCCCUCUAACAUCACCAAGAUCUCGCGCUUAAUAGCUGCACUCGGCUACGGCCCCGACCAAAACGUCUGCGAAGCGUAUAAUUUUCUUGUUAGUAAUUACUCGCUGGGCGACGAACUCUGCUUCUUCGGCUUCUCGCGCGGCGCCUGCACCGUCCGCGCAACGGCCGGCCUGGUCUGCCGUGCGACGAUCGGCUCCACUGGAUCACUGGAGGAGACGGAGUGGGGAAGAUUACCGCCCCCGGAAGAGGAGGGGCAGUACUUUGAGAGCUCCAAAGAGGGCGAGGACGCGAAACCUCUCAACAAUGAUGUUAAGAUCAAGGUGGUUGGUGUGUGGGAUACGGCGGGCAGCCUGGGGUAUCCUGAUAACGCGUGGAGGGAUGUCUCGGAUGUGAAUGCGCCGCAUGGGUUUCAAAAUACGGAUAUUCAUCCGCGUAGGUCGGCUUCCGUAAAACACUUGCACACAUACCGACAAGUUCCCGAGAUCGAGAACGCCUUCCACGCUCUGGCUCUUGAAGAAAGGCGUAAGCCCUUCGCACUAACGCUUUGGUGGCUGCCGAUCGACAAGCAGGCUAAGGUCAUCGGCAACACGAACCUGAUCCAAUACUGGUUUCCCGGUGUGCAUCCGUUCCUCGAUUUCAACCCCAUGAACAUCAUGGGUACCAUUCGGAGCUACUCGCUAGCCACUGCCAAGGUUCUUGCCGCCGAUGGCAAAACGAAGCCGAACGAGAAGCGCAAAGCCGGCUGGGAAACCGGGCUGUUUAUUGACAGCUACGACGGGAUUGAAGAUAGGGCUGCGGGCGAAGAGGACAGAAGGCCGGGCGCGUAUCCUAAUCCCAAACCACCUGUCGAUAAACAGAGCGGUGCCCCUGGCGUGUAUACCACUGUUGAUCUGACCAAGGAGUGCAUGCACCUGGUUGUGGAACACCUCAUCCAACAAGGGAGAUGA